AUGGGACACUGGUGUUCCUGUGAAUCUGACUAUGAAGUGGACACCAAAAUUAUCAGUUUUGACCAAAGCCGACGCUUCAGUCCAGUUGGAGCCAGUCUUCACUUGGACGCUUCAAGUCCGAGUGCUGAGAAACCAUCUCUCGCCUUAAGUCGCUCUAGUUCACCCUGCGUCCGCCGGAAAAGCGAAGACGCCUACGACGUCAACGUCUUAAACGGCCAGUUAAGUUCGGAAAAUCUCCGUGCUUCGGCGGAGGCAGCUAUAGCAGACCAGUUACCUCCGGGGGCGCACCCUGUGGACCUACGUAGUACUACCACAACACCACCCACCGAGAGUCCCACAAGCCUACUUCAGCAUCUCCUCGAAAGUCCUGUGCCUUCGCCUUCACCACCGCCACCAGCUAAUGGCGAGAAUGCUCGUUUCUCCACCACCCCAUCCUCCACCCCGUCUCACCGCCGCCAGCAACACCUCCAGGUGCCUGUGGAUGGGACUCGCACGAUUCAUCUUUCGCCGACGGUGAUUUUGCGACAAACUGAGGCGGAAAAACGACCCCCCGAGGAGGUGAAAUCAGAAGUCGAAAAGAAGGAAGAAAAAGUGGAAGGAGAGCAGCCAAAAAAGCAACCUGUUGAUGGAUCUUUUGCCGUGGGAAGCACUGCCCAGACAGGGGCUUUAAGAGAGCCUCGGGUUCCACAGACAGAAGGUGAUUGA